AUGCAGUUUAGAAUGACCCGGAUGGAGCGGGACAGCCCACCGGGGCAACCGGAGGAGCAGCAUGGAAAGCUAGUGGAGGAACGUUCAAAGCCACUUCAGCUGGUGUCUAGGCUGGACAUGGUUCACUACUUGAAUGUGACGGGCAGGUGGGAUGAGGAUCUGCGUGAAUGCUGCUUUGAGCGUGCAGUGAGCCAGCGAGCUCUUGCCAUAAAGAACCUGGAGGACUUGCGUCGCCACCUGCGCGUGCAGCAGCCUCGUUGCAUCCCCGCAGCAGACCCCAAGCAGCAGCAGCAUCAUGCAAUGUCUCCUCAGCCAGCAAUUGUCACUGAGCUGGGGGGGAGCAGGCAGGGGGAGAUUGACAAUUUUGCGUCCAUGCUGGUGCAGGUGCUGGGGGUGAAGGAGAGUGCUGAUCUAAAGGAAGGGUUUGGGUUCUUUGUGCAGCAACUGCUGUCAGGCGGGCUGGAGAUGGCGCAUGCACAGGGGAGGGGGAGAGGUGGGGGCAAGGCUGCUGAGAAGGUGCAUGGGAAGGGGAAGGGGAUGAGGUUGGCUGAGGAGAAGGCUGUCGAGAAGACGUAUGGGGGGGCGAAGGGCAUGUGCGAGGCUUCACAUAGGAGGGAGGAUGGGAGACAUGGAGAGGAAGAGGCAGGAAGCAAGGUAGAGAUGGAUGGGGUUGUUGGCGUGUGGGGGAGGGCACGAAAGGACGUGAAGUGGAGGGCGCAUCUGAAGGGACGUGUGUGGGAGAGGUAUGUGGAUGGCAUGAAGUGGAUUCUAGAACAUGAUGUGGACUUCCUGGUGGGGUUUGCCGGGUAUGUCAUGCACCCUCCUGCAUGCACCCAGUGCAGCACCUGCUCUGCGGAAUUCAUGCAAUCCGUGUGCAUAGUCGCUCUCAUUGUCAACUUCGCUUACCGCCCCGUUAGCCAUCUGCUCUCCCGCGUGCUCUCCGUCUUCCCUCCCUCCUCCCCUGGCUUCGACAAGCUGGUUGAGUGUCUGGACCUCCCUGCACGCCUGCCCAGGCCUGUGAACCUGCAGAUGCUGCUGAGACAAGCGGAGCAGGUGCCUCUGUACUUCCUCAUUCACAUGGCCGUGUGGUGCGCUCGUCCUCUUCUGAAUCUUGAUUGUUCUGAGGGAGGGUACAAUGAGAAAGGGCAGGGAGUGAAGUCAGGUGCACGAAAGAAAGAAGUGGCGGAAAUGGGAAAAGGUGGCAGGGUGAAAUUGCAAGGCUGUUGGGAUGGUGAGAUGGAUCAGCCGAAUGGUGGAGAGGUGUGGGAAGAGGUGGAAAUAUGGUACUUUGCAACAAUGAAGAAAUGGAUGUCGAAGUUGAGGGUUGAGGGAGGGAGUGAGGAGUGCAGCGGCAGCAGAGAGCUGGAGAGGCCUACAGGGGGGUUCGACAUCACGUGGGCUCUUGCUGCGGCAAUCAUCCCGAGAUGCUGUGAGGGGUUGCAGGGCCAGCAAAGGUCUGCCAUGGGGAGCAGCAACAAGGGUAGCAGCAGCAGCGGCGGCUGUGAGAAGAAGGGCAAAAUGGGGAGGAGCCGGGGUAUCUGA